ACAUUAAUUGUCUCGUCCUACUGCUAGCACCAGACCGCUGUCUUCUUGAGCACAUUGAGGUCUUCGGAUUUCUCCGGGGGUGGCCGCGCGCAGCACCGGCAAUGUCGUCAUGCAAGCGGUACUUGCCGUGCUUGAUAUUGUUGUUGCUGCACGGAGGACGAGGUGCGGUGGCCGGGAAGGUGUCGGCAAUCGUCGUGUUCGGCGACUCUUCCGUGGACACGGGGAACAACAAUUUCAUCCCGACCAUCGCGCGGAGCAACUUCUGGCCGUACGGCCGCGACUACGACGAUGGCCUCCCCACGGGCCGGUUCUCCAAUGGGCGCCUCGCCACCGACUUCAUCUCCGAGGCCUUCGGCCUGCCGCCGUCCAUCCCCGCCUACCUGGACAACAACUGCACCAUCGACCAGCUCGCCACAGGAGUCUCCUUCGCCUCCGCUGCGACAGGCCUCGAUAACGCGACGGCCGGCGUCUUGUCCGUGAUCACGCUGGACGAGCAGCUCGCUUACUUCAAGGAGUACACGGACCGCCUCAAGAUCGCCAAGGGCGAGGCGGCGGCGGAGGAGAUCAUCAGCGAAGCGCUCUACAUCUGGAGCAUCGGCACCAAUGACUUCAUCGAGAACUACUACAACUUGCCGGAGCGGCGGAUGCAGUAUACUGUGGGCGAGUACGAGGCCUACCUGCUGGGACUCGCCGAGGCCGCCAUACGCCGCGUGCACACCCUCGGCGGCCGCAAAAUGGACUUCACCGGGCUCACGCCCAUGGGCUGCCUCCCCGCCGAGCGGAUCGGCAACCGCGACAACCCCGGGGAGUGCAACGAGCAGUACAACGCUGUUGCCAGGACCUUCAACGCCAAGCUGCAGGAGCUCGUCCUCAAGCUUAACAAGGAACUGCUGGGACUGCAGCUCGUCUUCGCCGACACGUACCAGCUCCUCGCCAACGUCGUAAACAGGCCGGCCGACUACGGAUUUGACAAUGCUGUGCAAGGUUGUUGUGGGACGGGGCUUUUCGAGGCAGGUUACUUUUGUAGCUUCAGCACAUCAAUGCUAUGCGAAAAUGCCAACAAGUAUGUAUUCUUUGAUGCGAUCCAUCCCACGGAGAAGAUGUACAAAUAUUUGAUCUUCCUAAUAGAAAUGCGGCAUGGACAGGUCUAUACGGCCAUGCCUGUGUACAAUCUAUAAUGCACAUAGACACACCUACCGCUCCUCCACAUACAACUUUGAUUGUUGAAACCAUAUCAUAUACAAUUUUAAAUUAUAGCACGUGUACUAUAAAUUUUAUCUUAUAGAUCAA